AUGGCGGAAUUCUUCAGCCAAAACGGGUCACUGGGAGCCAGCUUCUUCUUUGAAAGAGGUGAAAGGGACCGAGGGAAUGCCAGAAAGCUUUUCCCGACAAUCGCAAGACAACUAGCGAUUAAUAUUCCCCAGAUGAUGCCCGCCCUACAGGACAUAGCCCGUGCAGAUCCAGGUAUCGCAGCAAAGACGAUGAGAGAACAAUUCAAAACACUCCUUCGUCUACCACUCCAAAAGCUCGAGCGAUCCAUCCUCUCUGCCCAGACCCUCUCAAUUCAGACCAUGGUGAUAGUGAUUGACGCAUUAGACGAAUGCGAGGGAGACGAUGAUAUCCGACUGAUACUGCAACUUCUUCCGGGACUACAAAAUAUAGCUGCUUUACGACUACGAGUACUUUUGACUAGUAGGCCCGAUCUACCGGUCCGUCUAGGGUUUUCAAGGAUUGCCAGCCACGAUCAUAAAGAUCUCAUUCUACAUGAUAUCCCAGAGGAAGUAAUUGCGCAUGAUAUUACUUUAUUCCUCAAUCAUCAACUUGCGGAGGUAAGAACAGAACGGUUCUUACCUACAGAUUGGCCUUGCGACCGAGACUUCCAAAAGCUAGUGGCAUUAUCCGUCCCAUUAUUUAUCUUCGCUGCUACUAUCUGUCGUCUAUUCAAGGAUCCCAUUUGGGACCCUACGGAUAGCCUGGCUGAAAUAUUAACACAUCAAAACGACGAAUCCAAGCUGGAUGGCACAUACCUUCCUGUUCUUGACCGUCUACUCUACGGACAACACGGUAAACGAAGAGAUAAAUUAGUUUUUGAGUUUCAGCAAAUUGUUGGUGCCAUCGUGACCCUAGAGAGUCCGCUAUCGGUCAUAUCACUUGCGAAAAUUCUAGGUCUUUCUAAGGGUCGUAUACAACUUCGACUCAACCCACUACACUCGGUGCUAAGAGUGCCGGACGACGAAACGAUUGCGAUACGGCUUUUUCACCUUUCGUUUCGAGACUUUCUUCUGGAUCUAGAAACUCGCCAGAAAACUCCCUUUGGGAUAAACGAGAUAGAGAUACACUAUAUCCUGACAAGGCAAUGUAUCCUCAAAUGUCAUGAUCUACGGAAAAAUAUCUGUGAGCUGCCAAGUGAUGGCACUCAGAUGCUUGAAAUCGAUUGGAAGACUAUCGAUGGCCACCUUCCUCCAGAGUUACAAUAUGCCUGUCGAUACUGGGUAUAUCACCUGGUCCGAUGCACGGAUUACACGGGCUUCGAAAACAUAAUACAGGAUGCUUUCUUAUUUCUCCGCGCACACUUUUUGCACUGGGUAGAAGCCAUGAGCCUACUAGGCUUAACGUUGGAGAUAAUAGAUAUUCUUGAUCAAAUUCAAACAGCUAUUCCGGACGACGACGGCUCUUCCCUAAUCAUAGACUUUCUUCAUGAUGCAAAACGCUUUAUUUUGAAGAGUCAUCAGAUCAUUGACAAAGCGCCGCUUCAGGUUUAUUGUGCAGGGCUUAUAUUUGCGCCUCAAACCUCAAUAAUCCGAAAAGAGUUUGAACAUGAACUUCCUACUUGGAUAUGCCAGCUCCCACGAGUUGAUGAAAGGUGGGAUGCAGCAUUACAGACCCUAGAAGGCCAUUCAGCAGAAGUUCACUCGGUGGCCUUCUCGCCCGACGGUCGCCUGCUCGCGUCCGGCUCCGUUGACAAUACAGUGCGUCUCUGGGAGACAAGAACGGGCGCACUUAUCCAGACUCUCCACGGUUCAGAUAUGGUUUGGUCGGUGGCCUUCUCACCAAACAGACUUCUACUAGCGUCCGGCUCUAGUGACGGCACGGUGUGUCUGUGGAACCUAGCGACAGGCGCCCUCACGCAAGUUCUCCAAGGACAUUCAGAAGCAGUCCGCUCAGUGGCAUUCUCGCCCGACGGGCAGGUGCUGGCAUCUGGCUCUGACGAUAAUACAGUGUGCCUCUGGGACCCAGCGACGGGCGCCCUCACGCGAGUUCUCGAUUUUCAUACAGAAGAAGUCUGCUCUGUAGCAUUCUCGCCCGACGGGCAGGUGCUGGCAUCUGGCUCUGACGACAAUACAGUGUGUCUCUGGAGCCUAGCGACGGGCGCCCUCACGCGAGUUCUCCAAGGACAUUCAGAAGAAGUCUGCUCAGUGGCAUUCUCGCCCGACGGGCAGAUGCUGGCAUCUGGCUCCAAGGAUGAUACAGUGUGUCUCUGGGACCUAGCGACUGGCGUACUCACACAAUGUCUCGAAGGAACUUUCUGGGUCCAUUCGGUGGCCUUCUUGCCUAAUGGCCGGACACUGAUAUCUGGUUCUACUGCAAUGGUGUCCUUUUGGGACCUAGCGACGGGUACAGUCACUCAAACUUUACAAGGUCAUUCAGAUGCACAUUCAUCAGUGGCCAUCUCGCCUAACGGCCGACUAUUAGCAUCUAGCUCGAUUGAUAGAACAGUGAGACUCUGGGACCUGGGUGAAAACGCAAUUCCGUAUCUCAGUGAAGGCAAUUCAUAUACAGUAUAUUCAGUAGCCUUCUCGCCCGACGGUCGCGUACUGGCGUCCAGCUCUCGCGAGGGCAUAGUUUAUCUCUGGGAUUCAAAAAGGUGCGCAAUUACGCAAAGACUUACAGGCCAUGCAUCCGAAGUACAAUCAGUGGUCUUUUCGCCUGACGGCCGGCUACUAGCGUCUACUUCUCUCGACAGGACAGUGCGCCUUUGGGACCUAGCGAUGGGUACACCCGCGCAGAUUCUCCGAGGCCAUUCAGAUGCAGUUUGGUCAGUGGCUUUCUCGCCCGAUAGUCAGAUGCUGGCAUCUGGCUCCAUGGAUAAUACGGUGUGCCUUUGGGACUUAGCAACAGGUGUGCUUACCCAUACUCUAAAAUGCCACUUAAAGCCGGUUUCAUCGGUGAUCUUCUCGCCUGAUGGCCAGCUAUUAGCAUCUUGCUCAACUCGCGAAAAUAGAAUUUGUCUGUGGGACACAAUGACGGGCAUGUAUAUGCAGAGCUGGAGAUUUGAUGAAGGGGACUUUAUGCUUGGGUUUUCACAAAACGGUUCGUGCAUUCGAACUAACUCAGGUGCCAUGCAUAAUCAGUCCAGGUGUGACGGUCUCACGUGCAAUUUGCGCCCUGAGUGCCUAGAUAUCUCAAUCGAGCACAAGCAAUGGAUAAACCUGAAAGGGAAAAAUGUCCUUUGGCUUCCUAUCGAGUUUCGGCCACAUAGUUCCCAGGUCAGUGGUAACAUGGUUGCUUUGGGAUCAUACACAGGACGAGUCUCGCUUCUUGGGUUUUGUAUUUGA